GUUUGAUCCGCUACCAAAGGGAGAUAUAUAUAAACCCCGUGGCGCACUUCGCACUUGGAUCGGAUCACCAAGCCUGUUGCCUGCGCAUCUCCCUUGCUUGACAUCAUGAAAAGCACAAUACCGUCUAGGAUUUGGGAGACCAAGCGCGUGUUGAUCACCAAACUAUACGAAGAAGAGGAAUGGCCCCUGAAGCAGGUCAUCAGGGCACUGCAGUCAAAGGACUUCCACCCCAGUGAGACACAGCUCAGAAGUCGACUGAAGAAAUGGCAUGUCACUAAACCGUCUCGCAAGAAGUGGUCGACCAACAAAAGGCCGACCAGCGAUGAUUCUUCAACAUUGCGCUCGCCGGAAACGGGGCAUCAUCACCCUGGCAGGGGAGUUGGGACAUCUCAAUCCCACUUGCCCGACACAACAUCUCUCUCUCCCUUGGCCUCGCAAGGACUGUCUACUCCAGCAUGUGCGGAAGCCCCCUGCUUCCCCCCCGCCAGCUCUUUCAUCCAGCCUCUAGCCUACACACAAUCCAUCCCAGAAAGUGGUAUUGGCUUUGAGACAGUUCGACGCGAUCCUUCGGGCUGUCGACUCCCCUCGCAGCCAGCUCGUUUCCCCUCAGGAACACAGCAUGAACCAGGAGGAUCAGUAUAUCGGUGGCCUGCAUGUUUCGAUCCCCUUGGCCUCGGGACCGCGGCUUCUGCCCCCGCGACGAGCACGGAUCCGCUGUUGUCAUCAUUGAGACAUCCACCUAUCGUUCCCUCAAUGGGCUACCCAAAAGCCAGCAUAGAGUCCAACCCAACCGCAGAAGCCCGACCGACCGUUCCCCGGAUUGGCGUCCAGCGAAGCAAAUCUUCUCGCGGGACUCAACCCGGGAGGCACAUUGUGUCCGGAGACGGUGAAGAGAAUGAGGGGCUGGGAAUAUAUGGAGCGGAAACCAAUUUUCUACUCGAGGGCUAUCCAGCGUGGAUAGGGCCGUACGAUGUCUAUUCAGUAGGGUCCCCUUCGCCGUCCAAGGUGUCUUAUCUGCAGCCGCCGCCGCUCUGGCCGGUUGGCGACACUGCCGUCUCGGAUGGGAAUCGGUAUUGA